GCCUGUCCAGGUGAGCUGCAGUUCUGCAGGGCUGGGCCAGGCUCGCUGCUCCUCUGCCCGAGCUCCGGGAGCAUUCCCGGGAUGUGCUGGCCGCUGGAAGUGGGUCAGUGUGUCACACCCAGCCCGGGCAUUGCCUCGGGCACAAAACCAGCCCAGGGCUUCCUUUUGCAUGCCUUGACAGCUCCAGCUGAUGAGGCUUUUGUUAUAAACAUCUGAAGGAGCUUAGAGAAGUUGCCGGGAACUCCAGGCUUUCUGUUCUGGCAGGGUUGUGGAAGGAAAACGGGGAAUUAAUCCUUAUGAAAGUGUUACCUGAUGCAGGAAUCACCUUUGGGGCCAAGCUCUGCAGUGAUCGAGGCUCCUGCUUGCUUUGCAAGGUGUCUGAUGUCCUUUCCUGAGGAAUAAAGGCUCUGGGACACUUGAUUUUAACAUUUGCAGUGCUGCUGCCUUGCAUUGAGGUGCCGUGGGUUAAACUUGGAAUUCCUGCUCAGAUUCUGUGGCUCAGUCCGUGUGAAGUGCCUUUUAUAGUACUUGGUUAAGCUGGUUUUGAGAGGCUCCUGAAGCCUUGCAGGAUGCAGUGGAGGUGAUAAAUGCAGCAGAGAUCACUGGUGCCAUGCAGCAAACAGAGCCUCCUGCAGCCUGGGGAGGGCAGGGCCUCAGCAGUGCUUUGGGAAUGGAUUUGUGGGGUUCAGGGGGAGUUUGUCUUGUCUGCUCAGUCAAACUUCUGAGUUUCUGAGGUUCUGAUCUGGAUCUAGUCAGAAAUAACCAUGACAUGUUAACUGCCUUGCCUCAGGCAAUAAUAAACUGUUUUAAAGUCAUCCAGAUUUAUUGCUCUUAAAUGUAACCCCUUUUUUUUCCCCUUUUAAAUACUGUUUGUGACUAAAUAAUUUUGUUGUUAGAGAAGUGUGUGAGUAACUGUGCACUUCUACAGCAAAGAGGGUGUUUUGGGGGAAAAUUUCAUUUUCCCUUGAUGAGCUGCAUAUGCUGCUUGAUUUCAAGUACAGGAGGAUCUGGAAUUGUGGAGGAGUCUUGUGCAGUGUAAAAUUUAAUAGAAAAUAACUCUCAAUUUGUCAAAUCCCAAGCACUGUAGAUCUUCAUCCCUGUGCUGGGUGGGAAUGUUGUCUCAGUCCCUCUUUCCCAAAUAUUUCCUCUGUUGUGUUUACUUAGCCUUUAUGGAGGAUAUACAAAACUCAAAGCAAUUUGAGUGUUAAAAAUGUGAUGAAUUGAAUCUGUAAAUGUUUUGGAGGAAAAGAUGUUAGUUUAAAUCCUUGCUGUAAUUACACAGUUGUUUAAAACUGGGCUGAGCAACAGCAAAGUUCAAAUUUAAGAAUUUCCAUUUUGUUUGUGUAAGUGCUGGACUCUGAUUCUUGGGGGUAGAGGGGAAGGGGAUCAGCAGUGGGGCAGCAGCAGGAGCUGCUCAGAAAUCCCAACCCUUUUCCUGCAGGAAGGAUUCCCAGGCUGUCAGCCUGUGGAGAGCUCCAGUCCUUGAUCUCAGCUGGGUGUCUUGGACUUUUCCUGGGCUGUGCAAAGGUUCCAGUCAACAGGUGCAGGAUUUCAGCCACAGAAAUGCCUUGGUUCACAUCACUUUUGGGAGGGAGACCUCUCAUGUAAAAGUCAUUGAAAUUAAAACUCAGUUCUUUGUGUGCACCGAGAUCAAACCUCUGGGGACAGGUUUUUGUGCUUCCUCACAAUGGUUGAAAAUUAGAAGGUUUUCAUAAUGUUUCAGGUUGUUACUCUCUCACAAAGAAACAGAAUGUAGCCAGCUGAGACAAAUACCUUCUCUGCUCUUUUCAGGAGCUGAUGGGGGCUCUGAGUGCAGAAUCCUCCUCAGUAUUGAGAGAAGGGUUUGUCCCCACCUGGCCCUGAGCUGCAGCCCUGCCGGGGCUGGAAGGGGCUCUCAGUGUUCUCAGAACAGUCAGCUCCUGCUCUGGAACCUUCCAGGGAUGCUGGCAGCUCCUUAGGGCUCUGCUUAACUGGGGCCAUCUCCUGAAAAUCCCAGCUGAAGCUGCAGCCCUGUCCUGCUGCCUUGGCCGUGUGUGCUGUGUGCUCCAGGAGCUGGGACAGAGCUGGCCACCAGUCCUGGGGUGGAGGUGGCCACGGGUCCUGGCCCUGCUUUCCCAAAACACGUGGGAAGCACCUGGGCCAGGAAUUCUCCUCUCCCCAGGCUUUCCCUGGGCCUGGGUGUUCCCAGCUCCUCGGGGCUGCUGGGGGAAGCUCCCACAUCUCACUGAGGUCACAGACCUGAUCCCCCCUUCCAAUGAGCUCUGGGGCCAUGUUAUUGUAAGAGCUUAGCUGGUUUGGUUGGCUAAAUGUACAUUAUCCAGGGUAGGUGUUGAAAUGUUCUUUAGCUGGGACUGCACGUGGAAAAUCCUGUGUUUUGCUGUCUCUGGACUAAAGAAUUCCAGAGUGCCAGGUGAUGCUCCUUGUAUUGAGGCAGUAGACCUUUUAAUUAAUUAAUAAAGAUUUGCAGGAAGUAGUUUUAUCCUUUAAUUAAUUGAUUAAGCUUUGCAUGGAGUAGUUUUUGAUCUCCCUUCCUUACUGGAGCAUGUAUUUUCACUCUUUGCUCUGAGUUUAUUGACUAAACAUUGGAAUUUUGUGAGAGAAUCUUGAGGGAAGGAUGGGAUAAGGCCUGGCUUUGGCUGUUUGUUUUGCCCUGGCUGUGGGUAAAGCUGCAGAUCCUGGGAAGCCUCUCUGGAGCAGAUGGUGCUGGCAGGGCUCCUGCUCAGGAUGGAGUUCACUCCUGAGCCAGCUCCUGCCGGGGCUCCGCGCUCCCCCCGGCCCCUGGCAUUUCCAGACCCUGCCCAGAAAUAGCCCCAGCAUUCCCAGAAGGUUGUGGCAGGCUUUGGGAUGGUUUCUGUCCCUGUCCCACUUCCCUGCAGCCCCUUUCCCUCCAGCUCAGCCCCCUUUUCCUGGGGGAUUUGGGCAAACCUCCGGCAGAUGGGUCCCAGCUCCCCUGGCUCAUCCCAGGGAUUUCCUUGUGCUCCUGCAGAACAUUUGGGCAGGAAAGGCUCCCCUGGGCCUGGAUCGAGCUGCUGCUGCUCCCGUGCUGACCCUGACACGGCAGCUCUUGUUCCCUAAAGGCAAUUUUUGUUCCUGGUUUGGCAGGGCUGGCAAUCUCCUUGGGCAGGGCCACCCUGAAGAUGGAGGGCUUGCUAAAAUGGCCCUUUUGUUUCCACGCUGCAACAAUUCCUGUUGGGGGUGGGAAGGAUCUUGGGGUGAAGGGGUGAAAUGGUAUUUUUCUCCCUCAGCUGGUUUUGCUCUGUGAUUUCCUGCAAUACUGGGAUUCCUAAUUUGAUUUUAUUCUGGGCUGGGUUCUGCGUCUCUGGCUCCUGGCUUGGGAAGGGCUCUUCUGCCUGUGAGAAGCUGUGAUUUUAUGCAUAAAAUUCCUUUAAAGACUCCUUGGGGAAGGACAUAAGACUUGCAGAUCCUUGUUUUGAAACAAAUUUGCAUAAAAGUUACUGUGUAAAAUUCUAAUGUUUUCUGGCUUCUAAAAUUUCGCUCAAAACUGUUCAUGUGCCUUUGAAAUGAAAAGUUUUACCCAGUUAAAAUGAAACCUUGGUGCCCUGGGUGUGGAGUCUGCCCACUUUAGCUGGUUUUAAUUCCAGGAGCUGGGAGCACUGGCUGCCUCUGGGGCGAGUGCUGUGCCACAGUCUCCCAUUCAGACAGAGCUGGGAGAACUCCCUGCUUCAUUCUGUGUUUCCCUAACACCGUGAGUCCUUCCAGGAGCAUCUGCGAUACUUCUUGGCUGCUCUGCAAUCAGUUUAAACGCUCUUCAAAUGCUUUUUUUCCAUGUGAAAGCCUGGCAGGAGCUGUUUCCCUGCAGUUGCUCCUCCACAGCCCAGCAGUGCCAUCUCGUGAGUGCUCGGGGUGUGGAGCUGCUGCAGCUCCUCCUCGCGGGGAGCUCCUUCGGGAUGUCUGCGGCUGAAAUGCCACUAAAACCUUUUAUUUUCCUUACAGAUUUCCAGCAUAACCUUAAAAAAGUCUAUUUUAAAAAUCGAGAUCUCACCCUGAAUGUUUGAGAGUUUGUUUGGAUGUGUUGGAGUUGUGUGUCUGCAUUUCUUGUAAGACUUGCCUGACACUGUGUUCUGUUUAUGUACAUUGCAAAUGCAAAGUGUCAUGAAGCUACAUUAAAAAAAAACACCUUAAUUUUAAAAUUUUUAGUGUAGUCUAGCACAUGAAAAAACCCCAAAUUGGGGAACACUGUUGGGUUUGAACCUGAACAGAAAAUGGUGAAGCAUUUUGGUGGAAAACUUGCGGGCUGGCAGGUUGUGCACACUGACGAAGCCGAAGGUGCUGAGGAGUUUUAUUUCUGUGACCCCAUCCUGAGGAGGCCCCGCUCUCUGUGCUGAGCUGGGGGCAGAUGUUAAGCCCCUGGUCUGUAUUUAGCCCCUGUCUGGGCUCUGGGCUGAUCCUGGUGUCAGGAGCUCCUGACUAAGUGCAGUUUUGGUUGGGAGCUCCUGAUGUCCACGUCAGAGGGUCGUUCUCACAAAUCCCCCUUGCGGGAAUGAAACAUCUCUGCAGGCUUUCUGUGGAACUCCUCAGAGCUGGGAGUUGGAAACCCAAGGUUUUAACCAGUAUCUUUUCCUGCCCUUCCCUUCCCUUCCCGUGUUCCUGUGCAGGACUGGAGCUAUGGGGUCGGAAAACCCCAGCCCGCAGAACCCUGGCUGCAAGAUCAUGACCUUCCGGCCCUCGCUGGAGGAGUUCCGCGACUUCGGGAGGUUCAUCGCCUUCAUGGAGUCCCAGGGAGCCCACCGGGCUGGCCUGGCCAAGGUGAUCCCCCCCAAGGAGUGGAAGCCGCGGCGCACCUACGAUGACAUCGAUGACAUGGUGAUCCCAGCGCCCAUCCAGCAGGUGGUCACGGGCCAGUCAGGGCUCUUCACCCAGUACAACAUCCAGAAGAAGCCCAUGACCGUGGGCGAGUACCGGCGCCUGGCCAACAGCGAGAAGUACUGCACCCCUCGGCACCAGGAUUUUGAGGACCUGGAGCGCAAGUACUGGAAGAAUCUCACCUUUGUGUCCCCCAUCUAUGGGGCUGACAUCAGUGGCUCCCUGUAUGAUGCAGACGUGGAUGAGUGGAACAUUGGCAACCUGAACACCCUCCUGGACAUGGUGGAGCACGAGUGUGGCAUCAUCAUCGAGGGGGUGAACACUCCCUACCUCUACUUUGGCAUGUGGAAGACAACUUUUGCUUGGCAUACAGAGGACAUGGAUCUCUACAGCAUCAACUACUUGCAUUUUGGGGAGCCCAAAUCCUGGUAUGCCAUUCCCCCGGAGCACGGCAAGAGGCUGGAGCGCCUGGCAAAAGGCUUCUUCCCAGGAAGCUCUCAGGGAUGUGAUGCUUUCCUCCGUCACAAGAUGACCCUCAUCUCUCCCUCCAUCCUGAAGAAAUACGGGAUUCCCUUUGACAGGAUCACCCAGGAAGCCGGGGAGUUCAUGAUCACAUUUCCCUAUGGCUACCACGCUGGCUUCAACCACGGCUUCAACUGCGCCGAGUCCACCAACUUCGCCACCCUGCGCUGGAUCGACUACGGCAAGAUGGCAACGCAGUGCACUUGCCGCAAGGACAUGGUGAAGAUCUCCAUGGACGUGUUUGUCAGGGUGCUGCAGCCCGAGCGCUACGAGCUCUGGAAGCAGGGCAAGGACAGUGCUGUGCUGGACCACAUGAAGCCCACGGCCCUGAGCAGCCCCGAGCUGGACGCCUGGAACGAGACCAAGGCAGAGCUGAAGGCAAAGCUGCUCCGCAGGUCUCACAGAAAAAGGAGUCAACUCAGAAGACACAAGACAGAGGAUCAGAAAUCUCUUGGGGAUGUCAUGGCUAUUGAAACUGCCUUGGAAGAUGUGAAAGUAAAAGAGGAGCUGAAAAGGGGGCCAGAUCUGGAGGAAGAGGAGAGAAGCAAAGGGAUGGAGGGAGAAGGGGAGUGCAAGGCCAAGGCGCGGCCCCCGAAGGCCAAGGGCGAGCGCAAGAAGAAGCAGCCGUUCCCCCCUCAGCCGCCGGGGCCCGUCCCGGGGCCCGUCCCGGCCCCCCAGGCGCCGCCCGAGGCCGGGCCGGGCCCAGCGCGGCCCCCGGGGCCCCCCUCAGCCCCGGGCCCGGAGCAGGCCCGGCCCGCGGCCCCCCUGAACGUGGUGCAGCCCUCGGAGGCGCCGGCCGAGGAGGACGACUUCAGGCCGCGGCCCAUCAUCCCCAUGCUGUACGUGGUGCCCCGCAGCAAGAAGGUGGUGUUCGACAAGGAGCACAUGUCCUGCCAGCAGGCCUUCGAGCAGUUCGCCACGCAGAAGGGGCUGGGCUGGCGCCAGCAGGGCCCCGGCAAGGAGCAGGAGGGCGCCGAGGCCGAGCUCGCCGCAGAGGCUGCUUCUGCCUUCUCCAAGGUGAAGAUGGAGAUCAAGAAGAGCCGCCGGCACCCGCUGGGCAAGCCCCCGACGCGCUCGCCGCUGUCCGUGGUCAAACAGGAGACCUCGAGUGACGAGGAAAUGUUUCCAUUUUCUGGAGAAGAAGAUAUGAGUGAUGCAGAGGCUUUGAAAUCUUUACUUUCCUUCCAGUGGAAGAACAAAGCACUUAAUUUCCCAGCUGAAAGGAAGUUCAAUGCAGCUGCUGCCCUGAGUGAGCCAUACUGUGCUGUCUGCACCCUCUUCUACCCCUAUAACCAGUCCUCACAGGUGGAGAAGGAAGCUGCCCCGGGCUCCACGGGGGAGCCCUCCUCGUUCGUGCACCUUUCCAAGUGUGGGCAGAAGACCAAGCCCCUGAUCCCAGAGAUGUGCUUUACCUCAAGUGGAGAAAACACCGAGCCCCUUCCUUCAAACUCCUACAUCGGAGAGGAUGGAACCAGCCCCUUGAUAUCCUGUGCCAAAUGCUGCCUGCAGGUUCAUGCUAGCUGUUACGGGAUCCGCCCGGAGCUGGUGAACGAGGGCUGGGCCUGCUCGCGCUGCUCGGCCGGCGCCUGGGCCGCGGAAUGUUGCCUGUGCAAUCUCAGGGGAGGAGCUCUCCAGAUGACCACUGAUGGCCGGUGGGUCCACAUAAUCUGUGCUAUCGCUGUCCCCGAGGCGCGCUUCCUCAAUGUCAUAGAGCGUCAUCCUGUGGACAUCAGCGCCAUCCCCGAGCAGAGGUGGAAACUGAGGUGUGUGUACUGCAGGAAGAGGAUGAAGAAGGUGUCUGGGGCCUGUGUGCAGUGCUCCUACGAGCACUGCUCCACGUCCUUCCACGUGACGUGCGCGCACGCGGCCGGCGUGCCCAUGGAGCCCGACGACUGGCCCUACGUGGUGUCCAUCACCUGCUUCAAGCACAAAGCAGCAAACCAGAACGUCCCAUUCCGCAGGGAGGUGGCCCUGGGGCAGACAGUGAUCACCAAGAACAGGAACGGGCUCUACUACCGCUGCAGGGUCAUCGGCACCAGCACCCAGACCUUCUACGAGGUCAACUUCGACGACGGCUCCUACAGCGACAACGUCUACCCCGAGAGCAUCAUUAGCAGGGACUGCAUCCAGAUGGGGCCCCCUCCGGAGGGGGAGCUGGUGCAGCUGCAGUGGACGGACGGGAUCAUCUACAAGGCCAAGUUCAUUGCAGCCCAGAUCAGUCAGAUUUACCAGGUGGAGUUUGAAGAUGGCUCUCAGCUCAUGGUGAAGCGUGGGGAUAUUUAUACCUUGGAGGAAGAGCUUCCCAAGAGAGUCAAGUCUCGCCUGUCCCUCAGCACUGGGGCCCCUCAGGAAGAAGUGUUUUCGGGAGAUGAAGGGAGAGCAGCCAAGCGCCCCCGGCUGGGGAAUCCCAGGAAUCCUGAGGAGUAUGGACAAACCCCGGAUUACUUGGCCUUCAUGGAGAGCCUGUUGCAGACACAGUACCAGCCUGGGACUCAGAGCAACAUGUUUUAACCAGGAUUCAUCCAAAAUAUUCAAUUAACCCUUUUUGAGUUAGUGGAAAAAUAAAUAGGAAACUGUGGAAUGGAAGACCAGCCCUGUGCAAUAGCCUGCUGUGAAUUUCUUUCAUCUCCUCUUGGUUUGGACUGCAGGAAAUCCCUGUCUGGCUGCUACCUCGACCUUGCCAGGAGUUGCUGACCAAGAGCUGGGGAGCUUGGAAGCCCUUCAGCUUUUCACACGGAGACUUUGGAAGAGUUUCUACAGAUGGAGCUUUGUGACUGGUUCUUUUUUAUGAGGAAAGGGUUAAAAUUUAACAAAAUGACUUUUUCAAAUCUGUCAAACUUUUGUCUUUCAAGGUGCUAUUACAUUGACUACUGAAGCAGCCUUUGGAAUUGUGUUUUCUGUACAUAGACGUCACCUUUGUGAAGUUUUCUAUGAAUGAGCAUUAUUAAAAAAAAAAAGCAAGCAAAAAUAGGAAAAUGAAAGUUUCCACAAAACAUUUUUCUAGAUUAUGGCUUUAAAACAGAAAAUAAAUGAAAUCCUCCCCCCUCACCCCCAAAUGAAUUGUGACUGGUGUUACAGCGGGGAGAGGGAGAGCAAGAGCAGAUGUCCUGGAAUGUUCUGGGUUCUUCUUUUGUAAAGAAACACUAUCUUUGUAAGCUGGGGAAGGUGGGGAAGCAGUGUUCACCUCUGGGAUGUUUCUGCCAUUGGCUCUCUGCACGCCCUGGGACGGAUGCUGGCAUUGCUGCCACGUCCCCAGGGAGGGGCUUAGGGAAGAAAUGGCCAGGUUUGGGUCAUUCCUCUCAUCUUCCUUCCCCAUCUUUGCCAUCACAGUUGCUUUCUAGUUCAGGAUCAGCAUGGCUUUGAGUUCCAGUGUGCCACCCUGGUUUGGCAAGUGUUCUGUUGCUGCUUGUGUUAGCUCCCCACGAGCCAGAGGCUCCCUGGCAGCCCUUCUCCCUUAGCCCUUCUUUCUCUUUCCUUUGGUUUUUUUUUUUAUUUUUUAAUUUUUUUUUUUUUUUUGAGUUGUGCUCCUUACAGUGUGAGAAUCAUUCCAUGACAGAAGCUUGGGAGGUGUUUGUAUGUUUUUCUUUUAUCCUAUUAAAGAAGAAGUUCCUCAAA